AUGACAAGAAUUGAGGCCAGAGGCAUGCACCUUGUGUUUUGGUUAUCAGCCCCACUGGGCCACAAGAAAUGGAUUACUGGUAUAUCAUGGGAACCAAUACAUCUCCAGGCUCCAUGUUGUCGCUUCGUGAGUUCAAGUAAAGAUGGUGAUGCGCGUAUAUGGGACAUCUCAUUAAGGAAAUGUGUUAUUUCUCUUACUGGCCACACACUUGCAGUUACUUGUGUGAAAUGGGGUGGAGAUGGAGUAAUAUAUACAGGAUCUCAGGAUUGUACAAUCAAAGUGUGGGAAACUUCGCAGGGGAAGCUAAUUCGUGAAUUGAAGAUUGCUUUGGAGCGGUAUAAAAAGAUGAAGGGCAAUGCUCCUGAAAGAUUGGUUUCAGGAUUUGAUGACUUCACCAUGUUUCUUUGGGAACCUGCUGUCAGCAAACAUCCCAAAACUCGAAUGACAGGUCAUCAACAACUAAGGUGUCCAUGGCCUGGGCAGGCCAUCCAGCCCACUCAACCCAGCCUUGUAGAUCUAGGGCCCAAGCUAGAGCAUAAGCUUAUGGGAUUGGGGAUUGGGGAUUGGGCACUUGUGAACCAUGUUUACUUUUCCCCCGAUGGGCAAUGGAGAGCAAGUGCCUCAUUUGACAAGUCAGUCAAGUUAUGGAAUGGUAUCACUGAAAAAUUUGUAGCUACGUUCCGGGGUCACGUGGGACCUGUCUACCAGAUAAGUAGGCUACUUUUAAGUGGGAGCAAAGACUCUACUUUGAAGGUAUGUGUUUGGGAUAUCAGGAUGCAGAAGUUGAAACAAGACCUACUUGGCCAUGCCGAUGAGGUUUUUACUGUUGACUGGAGUCCAUAUGGUGAGAAGGCAGCAUCUGGUGGUAAGGAUAGAGUUUUGAAGUUAUGGAUGAGAUAG